AUGUUGUUAUGUGAUCAGAUGCAGAAGUUUGCCACUGUCACGAAGUAUACAGAUAUGAACUACCAAGCUGGAAGCUUUCCAAAUACAGGUUUGUUAUGUUGCUUGAAAGAACCUACCCGGGACUUGACAGUGGAUCAUGUAAUGUCUAUGCUUCUUGAUAAGAACGGCGACUAUGGCUUUGUCCCUCCCGAAGGCAACCUGAACCAUGGCAUCAUCGCAUCAGCAGAUCAGACGAAUCCACACGGAAGACGGGCCAUGCACGUGUCGUCUCUUGUUCCUGACGAUUAG